AUAUUAAUGAAUACUUCAACUGCAUCAACUGAAGAGGGAAAACAUUUUUUCCUGGUCUCUAGAAAUAUAAAUCUAUCAUUAAUUAGGAUUUACAAGGAAGCAGUGACUGAAAAAGGUUUGCCAAAAUUGAAAAUGGACGUUCUGUUUUUUGUUAUUUUCCUCUGUGUGGUCCAUCUGGCUGUCACAAACGACCCAAACAUGUCAAACAUGUGUGGUACUGGCAUUUGCUGCUCUGGUUAUUUCUUCAAAGACAACAUAUGCACAGAAUGUCCUCCUGGGACUUACGGACACAACUGUAGUGAAGAAUGUUCUGAAGGCCGUUAUGGAAGAAAAUGUAAAGAGAAAUGUCCGGAAGAAUGUGCACGCAGUUGUAACAAAAUAACAGGGACAUGUCUAGCAAUCAUCAUUCAAGAUAAUGCUGAGAGUUACUCUGAAGAAACUCCACAUUUGAAGAAUAUUAGCUUUAUCGAGCCUGAUACAAAUACAAACAAUACCAAUAUCAGUAUUGAGAAAAAGAUAGAGGACUUUCUGAAAGAUAAGCUAUGGAUCAUUGCUGGAACCUCUUGUCUUCUUGUUGUCAUUUCAUGCAGUUGUGUUGGACUUUUUUUCCUGUGUAAGGUUUGUAAAGGCAAACGGAAGACAAAUGAGGCAUUGGAUUACGUUACACCAUCCAACCAGAAUCAACAUUCUACGUAUAGCGAAAGGUAUGAAGACCUUGAUAAUAACACCUCAACCAACCCCAUUCUACCCCCACGUGCUAAGAAUUGUAAAGGAACUACAUCCACCACAGAUAAAAAUUAUACAGAUAAACCGGAAGUAGUAUACAGUAAACCAAAACCCAAGAAACGCUACAGUCUGGUCCGGAAGUUAAAGGUGUCUCAAGAAUUAACAUCCCCGGAAGAAGAUUUUGACAGUGACGAGUUUGAUGACUAUACAGAUACUAGUGGCGGUGUAGAAAUUUCCGGAAUCCCAAUGAAUCAGUCAUUCAAAACUUUCCGAUCAUCAGGUAUCAGCAAACAGAACAGAAAAAGGAAAAGCACCAACUAUGGACGCAUUUGGUAGAUUGUAUUCUAAAUCGAAUUUGCAAAACUUUCAUUGUAUUCUUUUUAUACUUAAAAAUAAUUUGCCGAUCUAUUUAUUUUAGUAAAAUACAAACUGACACUUUUGUCUGAAAUAAUGACUCCAACUCUAAUGGUCUAUGUUCCCUCUGCUCCAGUGGACUUUUGCGAGAAAUGCUGAUUUUUACAGUUUUCGGUUUACUUUUCACUAGAACAUUGAACGGAAAUUCUUUUAAGAUAUAAAUAUUUAUUUAUGGAUUACUUCAAUAAACAAAUAAGUUGCCCUUGAAGAAAACGACAACUAACCUACCCUAAUCUUCCGGCCUUCACAUCUUAAUGCCCCUAACACCAUACCUAUGACUACUAAAUAAGUUUUCUUAUCUAUUAUCAAUUCUGUUCGUCCGUACAUGAUACAGGUUUAAUCAUGUCUAAUUUAAUCGUAAUCUAUCAAAGUCAGCGCUUCUCGCAAAAGUCCAAUAAUAUUUGUAUUGUUUAAUGGAAAUUUGAGUUUGAAUACUGUUUGUUGUCCCAAUAAAUAUCAUAAUUCAUCAUAAUUUAAAGUGAUAUAAGCAUACUAAAUAUUAUGAAAAAUCACCUAAAAUCAAUAAAAGUCUUCUAUAGAUACUU